AUGUUAAUUUUCAGCGCAAAUAGUUUAGUGGUAAAAUCCAACGUUCCCAUUGUUGGGCCCCCGGUUCGAUUCCGGGUUUGCGCACUCAUUUUUUUUUAUGAUUUUCUUCUUUGCUCACCUCCAUCCCACCACUGA